GCCGGUUCAUAUUACAUUUAUUUGACACCACUUUCGAUAGAAUCAUGAUGUAAUUGAACUCCUCCGAGAAUGUGCGGCCAUGGAUGGGGUUGCCAUUCCAUGGUUGCAUCACCGAUCUAUGUCUCUUUGCUACCCACCCGAAUCAUCUCUUUAUAAACUAUAUGGUCACCUCGCUGAACCUAUUCGGAUCUUUGGUAUUUCUGGCAAGAUUUUGAACCACUUGAUUCCAUUGAGCGAGGCUUCGCUUAAUGCCCAAAUCCUUAUGGAGGCAAAAUUAGAUGGAUUGCCAAAGAAGGUUGGUGGGUGGGGUCGUGAAGAGAUCAAUUACGAAGCUGAAUUCCGCGAACCUAAUGUCCGUAAUGGCGUUGUGACAUGCGCAGCACUCUCAAGAGAUGGUCGAUACGUUGCACUCGGGUUUGGUAGUGGUGUUAUUGAGAUUUCUGAUUUCGAUGAUCAGCGUACAAUAUCUCAGUUUCAGAACCAUCCAUCCAAUCCACCAGCAUGGAUUGAGUUUAUCUACAGUGGUCAUUGUGUCGCUACCGAGGAUAUCGAUGGGAACAUCGCUAUCUACGGCCAUGGUCCGCUCCCUGUGAAACUUGGCACUCUCCCCAUAGGUGCCUAUCCCGCUGUAACUGCAGUCUCAGAUAGUGGAUUCUUCAUCGUACGAGUCCUACGGGACCCAGGCAAGCCUUGGUACAGCAACAUGGCGUGUAUAUACAUUUUAGGUGACCCGCACAUUCAGCCGCUUGCCCCUCCUCCUUCCGACUCUUCCAUUCCAUCCUCCCAAUCCAAUUCUGAGCCAGCCUUUCCUGAGCGUCACACAAUUGCAUUUUCUCCAGGGGCACAAUACAUUGCUGCCUUUGAUGGGCACAGUGCUUUCACCUGGUCGACGGAAUCGGGUGAUUUUAUUGCACGUUAUGAUGUACGGGGAGAUAGAUCUUGGAUUAUAAAUCCCGGAAUGGCCCCUACUUGCCCGUAUCACAUCGCUCAUCCGGUAUCUACUCAACCUACUCUUCCAUUGGCAGGGGAUUCAGUCUAUGCACAUCAUUCCUGCGUGGACGCGGGGCCUGACUCGGAUGAGUCUUGGAUCAAGCGUCCAUUUUUCCAUCACUUGCCCAGGCAGCAAUCAGGCUAUUCAUUUGCCGCAGGAAAGACCCCACUAGUCGAUGAUUCUUAUACAAACAUAUGGUUCAAUGGAAGUUCCCAACUUGCUUUCCCAAUAGAGUAUCGCCCGGUUUCUCUCAAGGCAAACAGCACCAACGGCAUGGAACCCUGGUAUGGCGAUCGACGGGUCAGUUAUAUAAACGGUUUCUACUGUCCUCAGUCCAGCAAGGAUGGUACUCGAUUUCUACUCCAGGGAAAGAUGAAAGCUCCCAUUGUCGUCGAUAUUGGUCAAACCACUUGGUAUCCGGGUGCUAUGCUUGAUUAUGAUUUCUCUGUGUCUAGCGAUUAUCCCCCUUGCAGCACAUCAUCCGACAUCUCUUCUCCCUGUGAGGAAUUAUCUGACGAUUCUUACUCCGAAACAUCUGAUAAUCCCGAAGAUUGACUGCUUUAGCGUUUCACUUUUGUAUAGGACUUCGCAUCGUCUGUUUAUUUUACGUACAUCUUUGCAUUUGUAACUUUAUAAAAUCGUUCAAGUAUGAUAUCAAUAACGAUAUUCUGGUGCCCCG